AUGCACUCCUCAUUUUUUCUUUUUCCUCUUGGUGUUUUCGUUAUUUAUCUCCCUCCAUCGCUUACUGCGCUGUUGCCCAUCUUUGGGCUUACGACAGUCAAGACGUAG